ACAACUUCAUUAAUCUCUACAAUCAUCAUCUCCUUCAUCUCUGCAUCUUUUUCCUCGAUCCUCCUCUUCCCGUAUAUACUAAACCCUUACAACAAAAGCAGAUACUCGGCGCCCUCCUCUACCAACCAACUCUCCUUCAAUUCUCGAUCGAUCGAUUGUACGUGUUGCAAGUUGAAGACGAAGAUGGCGGAAGUGGCAACACGUUUUGGUGAAAGUGAUGCCACAAGACAAAAGUUGAGGUUGUUAAAGCUUGCUGCAAAGAAACCUGCUUUCAAAUCCUCACAAAUACCUCAAUUUAAGAAUCCAUCAGCAGUUGAUGCCUACAAUAAGCGCAUAUGUCAAUUCUCAAAACAAGUGCCUAAACUCAACUGUGGCUUCGAAAAAUCAAACCAAAAAACGCCUGUCAUUGGUCAUAGGAAGCUUAACUCUAUUACUGGAUUGAAGCGUAGAGCUGAGGAAGUGUUAGAAGAAGAAAGAGGAUCUAAACCAAAGAGGUCGAAGAUGGACAGUGGUGCAAUACUACAUUGGAAGCCUGUUGAAAUGAAUUUCGAAAAGGAGCAUCACAAAGACAUUCAACUCUCCCCAUCAAAGAUGUUACGUGUGGCACAAUUGAAGAGUAGGUAUGCAGAAAUCAUACUCAAGGCCCAACGUUACACUUCGUUGCAACAGGGUGAUAAAACAAUUGGGCAAGUAGAAAAGGAGUCGGCUGCAAGAUUAAAUGAAGAAUCUAAAAUGAAAAGGAAAAGACAAGAAGCGAGGGAGGAAGCCAGGAUGGCAAUUAGAAAGAUGGAACGAUCAGUGAUAAAUGUUGAAGACAACUAUAAAGUUAUGAAAGAUCUUGAGGGUCUGAUGGGAACCUCAAAUUUAGUAGUAAAGUGCGAUGAUCGUAGGUCCCUUGCUACUAUAUGGAGUCAUGUAGACCGUCGUAUAAUCAGGACACCAUUGGAACGUCUGGGUUUAUUCAUCAAGGAUGAUUAUAACUGAAGAUGGAUCGAUCGAUAAGGAGCUCAAGGCAAUGUUGAUAAUCUGUAAGAUAAGUUUUGACAGCAUAUCCAAAUGGCUAAGUAAUGUAUAGAGACCAACUAGCUUUCAGUCUUUCAAACCUUGAAACAAGCACAAUAAAUAGAGCACAAUUGGCAAGAUCAUUACAACGUGUCUUUAAUUUGUAGUAUGAUACCAAAAUGAAUGGAAUUGUAAGUGGGGCUACUACUUUACUGUGUUAUCAUAUGUAGUUGGGAAAGCAAUAUGUUAGAUAAUGCCUUGAAUCGGUCAAGCCCCUUACGACAACGCCCCCGAACUUUACGGUAUCUGUUAUUUUGGACAUGGGUUAUCUGUUUUGGGCCUAUUUUCUGGGCUAUUCCGCAUCUGUCUAGAGAGUAUUAUAUAAACUCUUUAGGUCAUAACCUAGCAGU